GUCACACAGGGCGGUGCUGCGUUCACUGCCCCCUCCCCCCACAAACCACGAGGCUCCGGUGUUGACAGGCCGAUCACCGCCCAUAUUCAAGUCCGGCUUUUCUGCUCCGCCAGCGGGCGAGACAAAGCCUCCCUCUCCCGCCCCCUGAAACACCUCGGGACGGAGACAUGGUGGUUCUUCCGACGACCCCCUUCCUCCGAGCUUUUCUCUCCGGCCUCACAAAGGAUUAGCGGCCGUGCGGGAAUUCCGCCCUCCGGGUCGUUAUGUAGCGCGGAGCUCGGCGGACAGACCCCGCCUUCCCUCCAUUUGUCAACAAAGGGGUUUGACAGGAGAAGCCCUGCCCCCAUGUUUCCAUAAAGCACGGCCAGCAGUCGGAGCCGUGCGAACCUUCUCCUUCCCGUCCCGGUUCAUGUGGUGCGUUGACUUCCUCCGUCGCCGUUAGAAGCGGAGCUAUCAUGGCGGAGCGCGUACAGCAGCCCCCGGCCAAGCGGCUCUGCUGUAGACCGGGAUACAGCUCGACGUGUCGGCAGGGCCAGCGGGCCGCGGGGGCUCCGUGCGGCGGCGGCGGCAGCGGCGGCGGCGGCUCGGCGUCCAGCGGCUCGGGCAAAACCCAGAACCCGGAGUCCCUGCUGGACAUCGCGGCGAGGAAAGUCGCGGAGAAGUGGCCGUUCCAGCGGGUGGAGGAGCGUUUCGAGCGGAUCCCGGAGCCCGUUCAGCGGCGGAUCGUUUACUGGUCUUUCCCGAGGAGCGAGCGGGAGAUCUGCAUGUACUCGUCGUUCAACACCGGCGGGGAGGAGAUCGGAAGUAGCGGGGAGAGCAGCGACGAGACGCGGCUGCCUUUCCGCCGGGGCAUCGCUCUGCUGGAGAGCGGCUGCGUGGACAACGUACUGCAAGUCGGGUUUCACCUCAGCGGCACAGUCAGAGAACCUGCCACGGCCUCGGAGCCCGAGCUCGUCUGCAACGUGAGCGUCAGCUUCGACCGCUGCAAGAUCACAGCGGUGACGUGCAGCUGCGGCAACAAGGACAUCUUCUACUGCGCCCACGUCGUGGCGCUCUCGCUGUACAGAGUACGGAAGCCCGAGCAGGUCAAACUGCGCCUGCCCAUCUCAGAGACUCUCUUCCAGAUGAACAGAGAUCAGCUGCAGAAGUUCGUCCAGUACCUGAUCACCGUGCAUCACACCGAGGUGCUGCCCACCGCGCAGAAGCUGGCCGACGAAAUACUGUCGCAGAACUCCGAGAUCAACCAGGUUCACGGCGCUCCGGACCCGACGGCGGGCGCCAGCGUGGACGAUGAGAACUGCUGGCAUCUGGACGAGGAGCAGGUUCAGGAACAGGUCAAGCUCUUUCUCUCCCAGGGCGGGUACCACGGCUCGGGGAAGCAGCUCAACUUACUGUUCAGCAAGGUGAGAGAGAUGCUGAAGAUGAGGGAUUCCAACGGAGCUCGCAUGUUGACGCUGAUCACAGAGCAGUUCAUGGGCGACCCCAGACUGGCGCUGUGGAGGCAGCAGGGGACGACCAUGACGGACAAGUACAGGCAGCUGUGGGACGAGCUGGGAGCCCUGUGGAUGUGCAUCGUGCUGAACCCCCACUACAAGCCCGAGCAGAAGGGUUUCUGGCUUCGACAGCUUCGCAGGUGGAACGGCGUGGACGUCUGCCCCUUGGAGGACGGUAACCAUGGCAGCGAGCUGACCAAUCUGACCAACGCUCUGCCCCACGGCCCUCCUGGCAACCCAGAUUCCCUGACUCGGCCUCACCGGACCGUGUUCACGCGGGCGAUCGAGGCCUGCGACCUGCACUGGCAGGACCCCCACCUGCAGCACAUCAUCACCGAGGACCACUACACCAACUACUGUUACCAUGACAACCUCAACAGCUCCCUCUUCGACGCCCGAGGGUGGCCCCUGUGGCACGAACACGUCCCGACUGCGUGCGCCCGAGUCGACGCCCUGAGAUCUCACGGUUACCCGAAGGAAGCGCUCAGACUGGCCAUCGCCAUCGUCAACACGCUGCGGAGGCAACAGCAGAAACAGCUGGACUUCUUCAGAGCUCACAAAAAAGAGCUGCUGCAUAAAGGCGUCACCUCGGUCACCAACCUGGAGGGCUGGGUGGGUCACCCGCUGGACCCCAUCGGCACGCUGUUCAACACCCUGAUGGAGACGGGCCGAGGCAUCGAGGACGGAGCGGCGGUCCUGCUCGACUUCUCAGGCUCGCCGGGUUCGGGUCGGAGGGCGGAGCAUCCUGUCCUGCCGGCGCGGCGUUUCCUGGAGGAAGGAGAGUCGUUCGUGUCGCUGGCCGUGGAGACGGCUCUGAUUGGCUUAGGGCAGCAGAGGGUGAUGCCAGACGGCCUCUACGCCCAGGAGAAAGUGUGUCGCAACGAAGAGCAGCUAUUGGCCAGGCUACAGGAAGUGGAUUUAGACGACACGCUGGUGAAGAUCUUCCGGAAACAAGCCGUCUUCCUGCUCGACGCUGGUCCUUACAGCGGUCUGGGGGAGUUGCUCUACAGAGAAAGCGUCCCCAUGCACACCUUUGCCAAGUAUCUCUUCACCUCCCUGCUACCUCACGACGCCGAGUUGGCGUACAAAAUUGCACUGAGGGCCAUGCGGUUGCCGGUCCUGGAGUCCACGGCGCCGUCCGGUGACCUGUCUCGGCCUCACCACAUAGUGUCCGUGGUGCCCAAUCGCCUCCCUCGCUGGUUCACUCUCAGCCACAUAGAGACCCAACAGUGUGAACUGGCCUCCACCAUGCUCACUGCUGCUAAAGGCGACGCUCGUAAGCUAGAAACAGUGUUAGAGUCCAUCCAGAAGAACAUCCACUCCGCCUCCCACAUCUUCAAACUGGCCCAGGAUGCCUUCAAGAUCGCCACCCUCAUGGACAGCCUGCCCGACAUCACGCUGCUCAAAGUGUCCCUGGAGCUGGGUCUUCAGGUGAUGAGAAUGACGCUGUCCACCUUGAACUGGCGCAGGAGAGAGAUGGUGCGUUGGCUGGUCACUUGUGCGACUGAGGCCGGUGUGUUCGCGCUGGACAGCAUCAUGCAGAGCUGGUUCACCCUCUUCACGCCCACCGAAGCCACCAGCGUCGUGGCGAGCACCGUCAUGUCCAACAGCACCAUCGUCCGCCUGCAUCUGGACUGCCAUCAGCAGGAGAACCUGGCCAACUCCGCCCGGACCCUGGCCCUGCAGUGUGCCAUGAAGGACCCCCAAAACUGUGCCCUCUCGGCGCUGACGCUCUGCGAGAAGGACCACAUUGCCUUCGAGACAGCCUAUCAGAUUGUACUGGACGCAGCCGCCACGGGAAUGAACUACACACAGCUGUUUACAAUAGCGCGCUACAUGGAGCACCGCGGUUAUCCUAUGAGGGCGUACAAGCUAGCAACGUUAGCCAUGACUCACCUGAACCUCAGCUACAACCAAGACACGCACCCGGCCAUCAACGACGUGCUGUGGGCGUGUGCGCUCAGCCACUCGCUGGGGAAGAACGAACUGGCGUCCGUCAUCCCGCUGGUGGUGAAGAGCGUGAAAUGUGCCACCGUCUUGUCGGACAUCUUGCGGCGGUGCACGUUAACGACGCCGGGCAUGGUGGCGCUGCACAGUCGCAGGAACUCUGGGAAGCUGAUGCCUCUGGACAAGGCUCCGCUCAGGCAGCUGCUGGACGCCACGAUCGGAGCUUACAUCAACACCACGCACUCGCGGCUGACGCACAUCAGCCCGCGCCACUACAGCGAGUUCAUCGAGUUCCUCAGUAAAGCCAGAGAGACGUUUCUGAUGGCGGCGGACGGACACAUCCAGUUCACGCAGUUCAUAGACAACCUGAAACAGAUAUACAAGGGCAAGAAGAAACUCAUGAUGCUCGUUCGAGAGAGGUUUGGUUGAGAGAGGAUCGAAAUCGCCGAUAUUACUUGAGUCUCUUUUGUAAUCCUUUCUAACUUGAAGUGAAAAUCCUCCCAAAACAAAUCAUAUUCCUGUGAUUUGGCAGUUCAAGGGUCGGAUGUGAUAACCAGUCAUCUUCGUCCACGGUGAAUAUGUCUUUUCAUGUUGAGCGCGUGAACACAGACGGACUCAGAGUUGAUUUUAAGUGUUGGACAAAGCAACUGGACAGCUGAAGACGACAGGAACGAGAUGUGAAAUGUGUUUUAGGGUAAAUUUUCUCCUAAAAACGACGAGUUUGAAACUCAAAGAACACUGUAAACCGUAAAAAAGCCAAACGGCUGGUGUUGAUGUGUAUAAACCCAUUCAGAAGGAGAGAAAUGUUGAUUUGUGUGUGUUUCCCUUUUAUAUGUAUGAGAGCGAGAGAACAGCGUCCAGGCGGCUCCUCGUCCUUCCCUCAGCUGACGUUCACCGCCUCAAAGAGAAGACAAGCGGCUUUAAACCAAACGGAGAAACUCCAUCUGAAGUGAAAAGUACCUCGUUUCAAUCCAGCUUUACUCUCCUCACGGCAGAGACGGAUCAGGGCCGCUGCAAGAAAACAACAAGAAAAGUUCUGUUCAAAAUUCUGACUAUUUUCUCUGGAUUCUGACUUUAAACUCAGGUUUUAAUUCAGAACGAUUCUGAGUUUAAAGACAGAAUUUUCUUUUGAAAAACAUCCAAAUUAUGAGAAGAAACUCAUAAUUAUUCGUUUUAAGUCAGAAUUUUUAGAAGAAAAGUCCAAAUUUUAUUGGAAAAAAGGUCUAAAUUUCCUUUUGAAGGAGUCAGAAAUUUGAGGGAAAGUUCAGAAUUCUGUGAAAAAAGUCAGAUUGAGUUAAAAGUCAUAAUUUUCUUUGGAAAAAAAUCUAAAUUAUUUGGAUAAAGUCUGAAUUAUUAGUUCUAAGUGAGAAUUUUGAGAAAAGAAAAGUCAGAUUUCUCAGUUUAAUCUAAAUUUCUGAUUUGAGAAGUCAACAUUUUCAGAAAAAAGUCAGAUUUCUGAGUUUAAAGUCAGAAUUCUGUUAAAUAAGUCAGAAUUUUGAGAAAGAAAUGAGCUAAAAGUCAAAAUUGUCAGAAAAAAAAUGAAAAAAAAUGGAAAACUACCUUCGAGAAAUAAAAAAAACAGAACUCUUUUUUGCUUCAGUGGCCCCAAAUCCAACAUUAAAAACUCCAAAUCCACAAUCAGAAUUAAUUUACUGGGUCGAUAUUUGUUUCUGCCGUCGUCCGGCUGAUUGUUUUUGUCUCGAACAUUCAGUCACGAUUUAUUUCAGAAACACAAACUGUCACAGCGCUCGCUCUCGUGGAAACUUUGGCAAGUGUCAACAAACAUUCUCAGGGAUUUCUCUUUGAAAAAAAAAAAAAAAAGCAGACAAAAAAAGAGAACAAAAGCAUUUUAUUGUCCUGUAUAUAUGAAAGUAUAUGUCUGAAUAUUGAAAAAAAAAAUGUAUAUGUUAACUAAUUUAUGACAGAAUAUUCUAUGUAAGGCACAAUACUUGAAGCUGCAGUACUUUUGGUUUUUGAAACAAGGACAAAAAAAAAACAUAUCAGAAGGACUUCAAAACAUUCGCCUUGCAUCGCAUCAGGGCCCGGUUCAGUCCAACACCGGCCGGUUCUGCUCUGCUCACAUGUAACGAGCUGCAGAAGACUGACCGGCUGUACGACAGGAAGUGGACGUGCACAGUUUGUACACAGACGAGUGUCGAGGAUCGAUGGCGGAGUCGGAGGAAGAGACGACUGGAGGCAGAGCAGCAGCGACCCGGCCGCCAAACAAACGCUCGGCUUCUUCUUCUUCUUCUUCUUCUUCUUCUUCUUCUUCUUCUUCUUCUUCUUCUUCUUCUUCUUCUUCUUCUUCUUCUUCUUCUUCUUCUUCUUCUUCUUCUUCUUCUUCCUCUUCUUCUUCUUCUUCUUCCUCUGACGUCUCGACUUUGUGCAGGACAGAAAGUUGCUCUAUACUGAAGGUCUCGACUGUUUCUCACUUUUUCUACGCUUCUGUUGUGUUUCUCCUCCUUCGGCUCCCGUUUGUUUUCCUUCCUCUCCAGACUUCCUCACACGAGAACAGCCUUCUUUCUUGCCUUGUCUUAAUGCUUUAAAAUAACCAAAUGGGAGUUCUGACUACCAAACUUUUAUUCACACGCCGACCGACUUCGGUUACGACCUUUCAGUGUCUUUGUUUGUUUUUUCUUUCUUAAGAAUCUGAACUGGCUCUGUAUUCUGUAUUCUGUGCUUUAAAAGCUCGUUUCAUCUGUUUUUCAGUGUCGUCUCUUGUUCGUUCCCUCGUUUCGAGGUCUGUUCGUAGCUCCUCCUAUUGUUUUGUUUUAGAAAAUGAAAUAUGCUCCCGUUUUAUUUAUUACUUUAGGUAAAUGAUUGUACAACCAUGUCAACAUGCUCAUGAAGUUGAAACUGAGAUUUGAUACACUGAUCGAUUUAUUUAUGUAACUAAAUCACUGUUUUAUAAACUUGUUAAUGAAUCAGCAUUUUGUUUUUGAUUAAAUUCGUUUUUUGAGAGGA